AUGAUAAUCGUGUUAUUUUUAGACUCAAGUUCCUCAGAGCAGUCAGCAACUACAACUGCUGUAUCACUUGGAACAUUUCUUGCUGUGGCAGUAGUUGUUAACAUCAUAUUUGUGGUUACGUUGAUUCUCCGGAAAUAUCGUAAAAGGGUCAAUGAUACUUACAAGGCAAAAGGACCUGUUUAUGAAAACUCAGGCAUUGAAAUGGAAUGUGGGAAUUCAGCAAAUCCCGGCAGUGCAGGCAAGCAUGGAAUUGAACAAGCAACAAAGAGCGAUCCUGUGUUAAAGUCACCUGACUAUGAGGAUCUUGGAAGAGUUCAAGUAUCUGAGCAUGAAUAUGGAGAAAUUCGUCAAGACACUCGAUAUCAUUGAUGGACGUAUAACAGUAAGCACACGCGGAAAUAAAUGAUCAUCAACAACAAUGAACUGUUUUAAAAGAGUCAGACAGAGAACAGAGUAACAAUUUAAAUGAUUAACAAUAGACGACAUUAUAUCAAACACAAAGUCAUUCUUUAUUGUAUAGUGCUGAAUAUCUGUCUAAUAUUUUAUGUGUUAAACACUAUUGUAAAUACUUUCUUAAAAAGCAUUUAGAACAUUUGACUGCAUGUUGAUAUUUUGAUGUCCGCACAUUUGAAGGCAGAACAGUUCCAUAAAACGGAUGUCCAUAUUUACAUAAAGAAAACUUGAAAUUGAGAUAUACCUUUUUUAGUGAAACACCUACCAAAUAUUUUAAAUAUAUGAUCAAAUUCAGAACUAGAAAUCAUAAACUACCGGUCGAAACUGGAAAUUGGCAUAGAAAUCCAAAUAUAAUAAAUUUUGAUGAAUAAAUGAACACGACCCCUCUAAUUAUGUGAUAUACAAAAAACUUUGCAUGUUCAUAAAAAUAACCUGAGAACAAUAUUGAACUAAAUUAUUAUGUUAAACUUUGAUAAAUAUUUUUGAAUUCAUUCGUUUUAUUUUGUAUGAAUAUUAAACUUUCUUCAGUCUAUGUUAAAAGAAUAUUGUAAGAUGUGUGAGUUACAUUCUGGUAACCUCGUAAACAUUGUAAUAUUGUAAUGAAGAGUACCAACAGCAACAUGCAAAUUGAAUAAUGUAAAUUUAUAUAUGGAACCUUUAAAAUAUGUCAAGGUAUAGAAAGUAUGAUGUCUUAAUAA